AUGCAGAUCCAGAAACUCUUGAUCCUGACGUCUUUUGUCGCUACAGCUUUGGCUCAUACCCGGGUUUGGGGUGUUUGGGUUAAUGGCAUUGACCAAGGAAAUGGAGUUGACCAAUAUGUUCGCUCACCGCCAACCAAUAACCCUCUUAAGGACCUGAAUCAGGGCAACAUUGCUUGCAAUGUCAACAACCGCGUCGUUUCUCGCACCAUCAAUGUCAAGGCUGGAGACAGGGUCACUUUUGAGUGGUUCCACGAUAGCCGUCAGGAUGAUAUUAUUGCUAGUUCUCACAAGGGACCAGUUCUUGUCUAUAUUGCGCCUGCCUCUUCCAAUGGCAAUGGAAAUGUUUGGACCAAACUCUUCCACGACGGUUACAGCAAUGGACAAUGGGCUGUUGACCGUCUCCUCAAUGCACGGGGAAAGCACAGCAUCACCAUCCCCAAUAUCCCUGCUGGUGAUUAUCUUCUUCGUCCUGAGAUCAUCGCUCUUCACGAGGCCAAUGUUCCUUAUAGCGCCAACGCUUUUCGUGGCGCGCAACUUUACAUGAACUGUGUUCAGAUUAGGGUCACUUCCAAUGGAGGAUCCAGUCUUCCGGGGGACUCUCAAUUCCCUGGCACUUAUAACUACGACACUCCCGGAAUUGUGUGGAAUUUGUACGACAAGACUCUUGACCACAACAACUACCAAAUCCCAGGACCUGGCGUUUGGACCGGCUCUUCAGGAGGAGGUUACAACUAA